GCGGAACUAUCGAGCAACGGCCUCUCAGAACGGCGGAGUGAGAAAAGUGUGACACACUUACCCAACAGUAAUGUGAACAGAAGGUUCUUUGGUAGUGGUGUGAGGGGUAAACCAAGAUGGCCACCCGCCGUGUUCCUCUAGUCUUGCUAGCCUGCGGCUCCUUUAAUCCCAUCACCAACCAGCACAUGAGGCUGUUUGAGCUGGCCAGAGACCACAUGCACAGCACAGGCCAGUACCAGGUGGUUGGUGGCAUCGUGUCUCCAGUGAGUGACGGCUACGGAAAGGAAGGCCUGGUUCUGGCUAAGCACAGAAUUGCUAUGGCAAAGCUGGCGCUCCAGAGCUCCAACUGGGUCACAGUUGAUGAAUGGGAGAGCGAGCAGCCUGACUGGACGGAGACUGCAGUCACCAUGAGGUAUCAUUAUGGGCGUAUUCUGAAGGAGUAUGAGCAGAGUACAGGAACGCACCACGCCUCCAGUGGAAACACCGCUCCCCUCUCAAGUCCCUGUCCCCAGUUAAAGCUCCUGUGUGGAGCUGAUUUCCUUGAAACCUUUAAGAUUCCUGGCCUGUGGCAAGACGACCACGUGGAGGAGGUGGCCGGACGUUUCGGCCUCGUCUGCGUCAGUCGAGGGGGGCUUGAGCCCGAGCGAGCCGUGCAUGCAUCGGACGUGCUCUCGCGCCACCGUCAAAACAUUUUCCUCGUGAGGGAAUGGGUGAGGAAUGAGACGAGCGCCACAGAGGUCCGCCGGGCUCUGAGACGGGAUCUGAGUGUGAAAUACCUGAUUCCAGACUCUUUGAUAGAAUAUAUUCACCAGCACAACCUCUACACAGACGACAGCGAGAGGAUAAAUAAGGGCACGGUGCUGAGGCCGCUCGCCAAACAGGCAGUGAAGAGUCUGGAUGACUGGUUCUGCACUCUGGCAAAAGUAGCCGUCAACAGCAGACCUCAUCAUCACCCACUGGGAGUGAGGAAAACAGCAACAGCAAACAUGCCAGCUGAUCUGAAUGGAUAUUGGAAAAUGAUUUCCAGUGAUAACUUCGAGGAGUACCUGAAGGCUCUUGAUGUCAAUGUUGCCAUCAGGAAAAUUGCCACCUUGUUGAAGCCUGACAAGGACAUCCUCCACGAAGGGGACCACAUAGUCAUCAAGACCCUGAGCACCUUCAAAAACUACAACAUGGACUUCCAUGUGGGCAAAGAGUUUGAGGAGGAUCUGUCCGGAGUGGAUGACAGGAAAUGCACUACCAACAUCAACUGGGAUGGAGACAAGCUGGUGUGCGUGCAGAAGGGAGAGAUUGAAGGCAGAGGCUGGACCCACUGGGUGGACGGAGAUGAGCUUCAUCUGGAGCUGAGAGCUGCAGGAGUUGUCUCAGGAGGACACUAUGCACCUUUCCCCUCCACACACUGUCUAAAGUCUAUACACACAACAGUAUCACCGGCUGUCACCAUGCCUGCAGACUUCAGUGGGAAAUGGAUACUGGAAACCAAUGACAAAUUUGAGGAAUAUUUGAAAGUGUUGAAUAUUGACUUUGCUACAAGGAAAAUUGCUAUCUCCCUAUCUCAGACCAAGGUGGUAGCCCAAGAUGGAGACAAGUUUCAGUUCAAAACGCUGAGCACCUUAAGGAAUUAUGAGCUCGCCUUCACUGUAGGGGUUGAGUUUGAUGAGUGCACCAAGGGACUAGACAACAGAAACAUCAAGUGUCUGGUGACCUGGGAGGGGGACAAGCUGGUUUGCACUCAGAAAGGAGAAAAGGCCAACCGUGGCUGGAAACACUGGAUUGAAGGAGACAAACUCUACCUGGAGCUGACGUGUGAAGAUAUAGUUUGUGUUCAGGUGUUCAAGAGAAAAGAAUAAAAGACAAAUACAUGUUUUAUUUUAAUUUACUUGGUUUACAAGGUCUUUGUUUGCUCCACAAUAACAUGUUUUCAAACACGUAUGAACAAAAUGAAUGAAGGUGCUUUUCAGACAUACGUAUAUAGUUGUGUAUGAAUAAAAACAAACCUGUUACUAUAA